AUUCGUAUCAAUUGUGUGUGUGUACAAUACAGUACCAAUUAAAGAUCUUAAGCUAUGAUACAUCUAUGAUAGAUCAUUAGAUAGAAUUUUCGUUCUUUUAGAAAAGUUAUUAAUUAAAGUAAAAAUCAUUAACCUUUUCAUGACCGAAUUAUUUUUUAUUAUAAUCUUUUGUAUCAAGAUCAUCCCAAGGAACCAGAGAGGCAGAGAAUGUAAGUAGGAUUAUAUGUCCCAGUCAUGAAAACGUUGAAGUUUUGUAUAACAAUUGAUGCGUUAAUAAAUGCAACGACAGAUUGAUGAAUGGAUCCGAUCUCUUAAAUUACAAUGUGCAACGCCGUCAAGUGUAGGAACGGGAAUAUUCGUAAAUGAAAGAGUAUCUCGCUAUCUUAAAAUAGAUAAGCCGUACACUCGGUUAUCUCUUAUCAAAGGUGUGAUUCAGUACGCACACCGUAGACGUACAGUUAACUACGAAGUGAUUCAAUUCUGUUCUUUCGUUUCUCGUCUAUCGACCCUUUCCAGGCGAAAAAAAUCAUGUAUUCGAAAAAGUUUGUGUGCUAUUUAACUAUAGGCUUGCUUUUAAUGGGGAUAUUCCUGGAGGAAGUCGAAGCAAGGCGCAAAAUUUUGAGAGGCCGCAAAACAAUAACCAGACGUUAUUACAGAGGUACGGCUAUACCAGCCUGGUCCAUAGUACUCUUAGCGGGUAUCGGCAUGCUGUUGCUCGGCGGCGGAUUUUACGCGAUACUACAAAAAUUCGUGGUGGAUGCCGCGGACACUGGGGAGAGUCAUUCCUAUCAACCUGCGUUACAGCUCGAAAGUUAAAUUAGUUUCUCACAGAAUCCCUAAUAUGAUUAUCUAUCACUACAUUGAAUAAUUAACACAAUAAAUUAUACAUGUAAAAUUUGAGAAAAAAAAAGACAUUUUACAGAAA